CUCCUUCGUUUGAAGUUUAAAGUUAAGGGAGGUAGAUAGAACUUGGAAGCAAUCAUCCCAACUUGUACCUGUCACAAUCGUGUAACCUAUCAAUUGGCACCUUCGACGUUCAGAUGUUUAGUUCAGAUGUUUUCGAAAGAACACCUCAGGUAACACGCCUUAGUGAGUACAUGUAACCCAGGUAUAUAUCGGGUCAUAUAAGGUAGUCACGGUACGUGACGGAGAGGUCACCUUUAACUUAUAUGAAGCAGGUACUUAAUCUCGACCGUGGAAAUUACACCAGAUAAUCACGACAUGUUCCUGCACAAACACAGUCUGUUUCCAUCUUUCCAUUUUCGAUAUAAACUCUCUUCUCCCAUUCUCAAUUCCUUUCUCCUUCUAUUCUUCACACCUCCCAAUACCACGAAAUCCUGCCAUUUGACCAUAAAGAUCUAUCAAUAUGGCGUACUUUACCGGUAUUCUCGUGGCAGUAGCCUUCUACCUCUCUCUCUUCACCACUGUUACCUCGUCUCCGACUUUUAGAUCGAAAGCCGGCAAAACGUUCUCUCUUCCUGUGGCCCACAAUGCCGAUAUUCCUCGCCAUGGUCCUACCGAAUAUCUUAAGGUUUUGAAGAAAUACAAGCUUGAGAUUCCAGAAGGAUUACAGGAUGUUGUCGACUCUCACAAGACCAAAUUUCAAUCCAACAAGCUUGUCGCAGGCGAUAUUGGAGAUUCCACUCCGGCAGCUUCGCACGCUGGUGACCUUCUCUGGCUCACUCCUGUAGGGAUUGGCUCGCCACCUCAGCAGCUAUAUCUAGAUCUUGACACGGGCUCAUCUGAUACCUGGAUCUUUUCUACUGACACCGACAAAGAAGAGGUAGCCGGACAGACUCUCUGGGAUCCCAAAAAGUCAACUACAUCCCAUCUGAUUAAGAACUGCUCAUGGUCUAUCAUCUAUGGCGACUUUUCUACAUCUAGUGGUAUCUGUUACAAGGAUACAGUCACUUUCGGAAACCUUUCGGUACCUGACAUGACAAUUGAGUCGGCAACAUCAGUCUCGACCAUGUUUACAGAGUCUGACUACAUGUCUGGUCUUGUGGGGCUAGCCUGGCCAUCUAUUGUGCAGACAAUCCCUAAGCAAAGAACUCUUCUUGACUACUUGCCCCAGGUGUUAUCCGAACCGUUGUUCACGGUCGAUCUACGCCACAACAGCAGUGAGGGAUCAUUCAACUUUGGAUUUAUCAACAACAGCCUACAUGACUCGGAUAUUAGUUACGUGGGUGUGAAUAUCUCGCAAGGGUACUGGUCCGUUCAGCAGACGGGAUUCGGAAUUGGAGGGUCAGAUAUCAAGUACGAGUUCAAUGAGCCAGAAGAUGUCAUUAUCGAUACCGGGUCUACAUUGUUCUUCGCGCCUAACGAGGCAGUCCAUAUGUACUUCAACAGCGUUCCCGGCGCCAACUAUUCGUACAGAGAAUAUGGGUGGCUGAUACCAUGCAACUCAACCCCACCAGACUUUGUUUUCGAGUUAAGCGAUGCUCAAGGAAACAAUAUUACAGGUACAGUCCCGGGAGCGUAUUUCAUAUAUGCGAAGGCUUCUGGUGGCCAGUGCUAUGCCGGCCUUCAGUCCCUUGGUUCAUUCACUGAAAUGCCGGCUAUUUUCGGUGACGUUUUCCUCAAGAGUGGCUUCGCUGUCUUCGAUAUCGCAAAGAAACGAUUUGGCAUGGCUCCCAAGCCUCUGAACUUGAGCAAUGAAAAACGCAAGGUCGAUACUCGUGACAAGAUUUAUAAUGGUCCCCGGCAUAGUUGAAUGGAGGAGAUUUAGGGGCCAGCUAACUUGCUAUCCUCUAAGCUGGGAAUAAAUUGAGAUCGCCUUUGCCCUCAAUAUAUUUGCUAUUUUGGUUGGGGAGUUUCGUCAACGAGGUACGGUCUUCGCCGAUGUUUAUUUGCG